CAAAACAAAUGGCAGCGCUGUCGCUUCUCGCUCUCCGCCAGGCCGCUCACUGAACCGCCCAAGGAAGGGGCUGCUCAACUGUACCAGUUGUCGCCGCCUAUUGAAGCCCAGGCCGACGGCUCUAGCACGGCAAAUUUCAAGAUAGAGGGCGCAUUCUUCGCCGUCCAAGGCACCAGGGCCAGUGGAAACACCUCCAGCAUCAGCACACAAGAAUUCCGAAAAAAUACACCUGGGCCCGGGAGGAUCCGUUUUCGGCAUCAAGGCGGAGGAUGGCGCCGUGGUCUGGGACGAUACUUCAACGAAAGGUCAUACGACGGAGGUGGAGGACGGUUUUGA